AUGCAUAUCAACGACCUACCAGAGGAGAUCCUGUCCGACAUCCUCUUGCUCGCCACUCGAGCCAAUGAGGCUGAGGGCGUGUCCUUCACAUACGGCCUCACCGAGGCACAACUCCCUCUACAGAAGCAGAAGAUCCAGAAAUAUGUCCGCGGACCUGUUACCGCCGAGCACAUGCGCUGGGACGCCACCGACUCGAUCCGAGGAGUCUGCCACCGAUGGCACGAGUGGGCCAUCUCUUACAACCUCGAAGAUGUCUUUGAACGCAAGUGGCAAGGAGGAGAGCGAUGGGCCAACCUGCCAGUAUCGCGGAAGCCGAACGCACUCUACGACAUGAUCCAGUACCCUUCCAGCACUCCCCUUCGACGUGACCCAUACGGCAGUCUCAAGAACACCAACAGGAUCUUCAAGGCUCUUCCAUACAUGACCAAUCACGUGCGGCGACUGUGGUUCAACGGCUUCUACACCAAGGAGAGUGACUCGCUCAUCCUCUCUGCUGUCAGCGAGUGUGAUGCUCUGCAAACCUUGACUGUUCCCUGGACGGUACUCCGCCGCAGCAGCGCAGAGGACUGGAUCGACUUGCUCAACGUCAACACUGGUCACGGGUCUCCCCUGCAGUCACUCGAACUUCAGGCACAGUGUCUCCGCAGUGAAGAAGCCGACGCCUUGGAGAAGGACGACUCCCCAAACGCUCUCGCCGACCCUAGAGUGGACUUCUCGGCGCUAAAGCGUCUGAGGAUCUUCGGCAACACCUUGCACAAGCCAGUAUGCGACGAAGAUCUUCAGCUCAUUGCGCGCACCGCUACUGGUCUUGAAGCUCUCGACAUCACCAAUCUCUCCACCGUCUCUGUCGCUGGCAUGCUCGCGCUUGUCAAGGCCUCGCGCGAAACACUGCAAGUGCUGGAGCACUCUCCACGAUCGGACGAUGGCUUCUACCAUCCUUACCCCGGCAACCUCGCCACCAACGAACACAUUUGCGAGCUACUCACCAGCUUGCCACGCAUGCGCGAUCUCUCCAUCUCAGUACCCUACAUGUGUGCCGACCUCUUCUCCAACGUCGAAGUCCAAUGGGAAGGCGAAUGCCAAGUCCGCGCCACCGACCUCUGCGGCUGCGACAGCUCAACACCAAGCAAAGCCCGCGCCCACAAGCUCCGCCAGGUCUUCUCCGCAGCACGCAGCCUCAUCGCCUCCCGCGCCCGCAUGCACCACAACCUCUCCAUCGAGCUCUUCUUCGCCGGCUGUAUCUUCGAGCCAGCCAAGAACCUCGUCCAUGGCGACUUCGCCAUGACCCAAGUCCACUCUCACGGCCAAUGGCCCCGACAGACCGAACUCAGCACGAAAGGGCCCUACGGCACCACCGGCGUAUAUGGCGACGGUAAAGGCGACGACAGCACCUGGGAUGCCGUGUGGGAGGAGGAGUACCUUCGCGCGGUUGAGGCGGGGUGGGUACAACUUUGA